GCCGGUUGGCUCCGGUUGGGCUCACCGUUAUGUCACCUAUUCCUGACUACGAUUCAUCCAGACGCCGGUGUAACUGAAUGUUCAUGCAGUGUCAACAAUGACACAAAGAGGACAUGGAACGGCCGCGUUUGACAUUGAGUGAAGGCGCCUCGCCUCAUUCGAGGUCAAAAACCCCAUGCGCUGUUGAGGAGUCAGCAAGUGGUGGCGGAUAUCCACUGAAUAUAACUCAGCCAGCUAUAAACGUGUUCCUGGCUUCAAAGCAAGAUGAAAUCGGUCAGAUCAACGGGCUCACGUACUGGCAAGUCGCCAACGGCUAUACCGCAGUCGCUCUACACGAUACAUGGUCAAACACGACUUCCAACGCCGAUGUGCUGGACACUCUCAUAUCCACGGUUGAAGCCAACCAGGCCGACUGCAUCAACGAGAUGAAUGACGAUUCCAUGUGGUGGUCGAUCUGUCUGUUGGAAAUGUACGAACUCACACAGAACGCGCAGCACCUGAAUGUCGCCGAAGCCAUUUGGAAUCACGUUCAGCAGUACGUGGUCUCGCCAGGUAGAUACAACAUCAACGGCCUUGACAUGGCAGGUGCAGUCAUGUGGACCAACAAGACCAACGAGACGCAAGUCAACGCGAUUACCGCAGGUCUGUUCUCGGAGCUCUCGGCAAGACUGGCAUGUCAAGCCGAGCCCGGGCCCACACGUGAGGCACUCCUCGAGUACGCAGAGUACACCCUCGGUUGGAUUCUGCGAUGCCGCUACGUGCCAGAUGAGAACCUCGUGCUGGACCACAUUGAUCUUGCCACGGGACAAACCUUUGACUGGAGCUUCACGUACAACACAGGGCAAGCCAUUGGAGCGUCCAUCGCAAUCUAUAACGCCAUGAAAAGCAAUGGCACCGACCAGGGUCAGAUGCAAACCUAUAUGAAUCUUGCGAGCAACAUGGCGCUCAACGCGAUGAACCGGACGACUUGGAUCGAUGGCGACGGCACGCUCACGGAAAGAGACGCGUAUCCCGGCACUGGCGCCGACCCGACACCGGCCUCCCAGGACUGCGACGCCAUUGGGUUCAAGGCCAUUCUUCUGCGCAAUUUGGCUAAGCUGUAUAUGCUUUUACGAAACGAGGGCCUCAAUACCGGGCUGCAGGGUCAGAUCAUCACAUUCGUGCAGUGGCAGUUUCACAGUCUGCUGACGCGCAAUUGUAAUGGGCAAGAUCAGUAUGGCCCGUGGUGGGCUGGGCCCAUGGACUUGCCGACUAGUCAUAGUCAACUUGCCGCAUUGGAUGUCAUGGCUGCUAUCCACGCCGUGGGAACUCAGGGACAGGAAUAUGACCAGUGAAGGGAUGGCGGGUUAUGUGAUACGAUCUAACGACAAUUACGAAGCGCUGGCGUCUCAUGGAUUUGAUGAUUUUCAGGAUCUCUGGAAGUGAGGGACGAUACAU